GAACACCAGAAGCUACGCGAUUGGUGGACGCGAGCAGCUCCAAUUCCGUUCAGUACUUGUCCGUGAAUCCUCAGGCUCUAAGUUGGCCUGCGAUGACUAUCAGUCAACUUCCAACGUCUGACUUGGUGUACGAUACGACCUCUUCUUACACCAAAGUAUUCAUUGGACUGCAACUAGCUGGUCUCAUCGGGAAUGUCGCUACUUUGAUCAUCGCAUACUUUUCUCCCGUAUCGAGGCAGGCGACGUGGUACAACUGCAUCUUGAUCUGGUGUCUCUACAGUAUAGCGUUCUUGCUCCUCUUUUUUUCGGGCCACUAUCACGAUACAUCCCCGCCGUUUGACUUAUGCUUGAUUCAAUCGGCACUCAUACACGCAUCCUCUCCUUCUGCGACUGCCGCGACGCUAACAUUGGAACUGUGUCUCAUCCAUCGUUCUGACACAAGUUUCAAUGUCGUGGCUUAUUGUGCAGUCAACCAAAUUAUACCAGGACGUGUGACUGCUGGGCUAACUAUCGCUUUUGUUAUCCCAAUGCUCAUCAUCAACGGUAUGAUUUACGUUCGGCUGAGAAAACACUGGUCAGAUUUCAGAGCCUCACAACUUGGCCAUUAUACUUCCAUGAUCGUCCGAGCUUCAUUGUUCAGUGUUUGUGCCUUUUUGGCCCUCUGCGCUGGAUUCGGUUACUUUUUGAUAGUCUUCACUCCGGACCCGAAUGAAUCCCUCGAUCAAGCUGUACCUCAAUUAGAGCUGGCUUACAACAUCCUCAACAUUUUUCUUUCAAUGUUCCCUGUCGCUGUCAUGUUGGUUUUCGGAACGCACGAGGAUAUCCUACGACGACUGUUAUUUUGGAGAAAGCACGAAACAUAUCCAAUAUCAGAGCAUGCAGUGCCUAAGGACGGUCAUCUCAACGGAUCACAAUCAUCUGGGGAAUUGGUAGUUGCGUACAAGGAGGGUGACGGCUUGGAGAUUCAGGGUACGAUGCUUCGUAGACCACUAUCAUCUUGGGAGCCUCCAUAAAAAUUGACGCAGGUGGCCGUUAUAUACUCAUAUGGGAGUGACACUUGAGGAAGGAAUAUAGUCGGACUUGCCAGUAUGUGCAAAACUGGCUGCGCGUCGACACC